GAUAUAUAUCAGAGAGGUGCUUCCAUCAAAUGGCUCUUAGGGCGUAUAAGAAGAGAUACUAAGCCGUACAAAGAGGGCUCUUCCUGGGCAAAACCACCAUUUUCGUUUUUAUCUGAAUCUUCUAUCUUCUCCAAGGAUCUAACCAGAGCAACUGCUUAAGAUGGAGAGCUAUAAGCGAGUGGAGAAGCCGAAAGACCAGACGCCGAUUGAUGCGAACGAGAUUCGUAUCACUAGUUUGGGCAGGACACGAAGCUACAUCACCUAUGCGAUGACUCUUCUUCAGGAAAAAGGGUCAAGUGAAGUUGUAUUCAAGGCAAUGGGAAGGGCUAUCAACAAGACUGUGAACAUUGUAGAGCUGAUUAAGAGAAGGAUCCCUGAUCUUCAUCAAAACACAUCUAUUGGAUCCACCGAUAUAACAGACACAUGGGAACCUCUAGAGGAAGGCCUUCUUCCUAUCGAGACCACAAGGCAUGUGUCUAUGAUAACCAUUACCCUAUCCACAAAAGAGCUUAAUACAUCCUCUGUUGGAUACCAGUGCCCGAUUCCUAUUGAGAUGGUGAAACCAUUAGGUGAUAUCGAUUAUGAAGGAGGAGAGGGUUCUCCUGGUGGCAGAGGGAGGGGAAGAGGACGAGGAAGGGGAAGAGGAAGAGGAAGGGGACGAGGCGGCAGAGGAAAUGCAUAUGUGAAUGUUGAGUAUGAAGAUGGAGAUUGGGAACGCAACCAGUCGUAUGGUAGAGGAAGAGGUCGCGGGAGGGGUCGCAGCAGUCGUGGUCGUGGAAGAGGAGGAUACAAUGGUCCUCCAAAUGAGUAUGAUGAACCACAAGAUGGAGGUUAUGGUUAUGGUUACGAUGCUCCUCAUGAACACCGUGGAUAUGAUGACCGUGGUGGUUACGAUGGUCCUCCUCAGGGCCGUGGUGGUUACAAUGGUCCUCCUCAGGGCCGUGGUGGUUACGAUGGUCCUCCUCAGGGACGUGGUGGUUACGAUGGUCCCCAUCAGGGCCGUGGUGGUUAUGAUGCUCCUCCUCAGGGCCGUGGGCGUGGGCGUGGACGUGGAAGGGGAGGUCGUGGAAGAGGAGGAGGAGGUCGUGGUGGUGGAUUCAACAACAGAUCAGAUGGACCACCGAUCCAGGCAGCUGCUUGAGAGUGAGGUUUCUGUUACACAAACAUAAAAGAAGAAAAAAAGCCAAGUCGUUGGAUCUUUUUUUUUCCUAUCUCCUUGCUCUCUCUCUUUCUCACUAUGUUUGCUUCUGUCGGUCAAGACGACAUGUUUGCCAUAAGUGUAUCCCUUUCAUUAUUUCAGUUUUUUUUUUUUUUUGGGUUUGUGGCUGUUUUUCUAUAGUCGCUUUAGGAUAUAAUAUGUUUAUCAAUGGUGGGUCGUCGUCUUGGGUUUUUGUUAGAGAACUACUGAGGUUUUCUCUCUUUCUUUUUAAUUUCACCUCUUCUGUUUAUUGUUUUGUAGUUUUGUUUAUGUUUAGGUGAGUGAGAGAUAUUGGACCAACUUCUCUCGUUUUUGUCUUUGCUCAUAAGUUUCUAAUGUGAUGGAAUGGAACACUUGAUUUUUUGGUCUUC